AAUACUUGUAUCGCCAUCUAGCGACGUGUAUAUAGUUUUCAUAGCAGUGGAAUUGAUUACCACGACUACGGAAAUAACGGAAGAAGUUUGAUUGAAAAUAAAAUUAAUCGUGCAAAGUUAAUAUUAACGUGUUCUACUUCAUACACAUUUACGUAUCGACGAACAUAUGAGAAAUCUAUGGAGAGGAGAAGUAGCUCUCGAGCAGCAUUUACCUCAAGAACAAGGAGUUUACGCUCUAGAUGAACAUUUCGUGAAGAUCAAAGAGACCGGUGAAAACGAGGAGAUAGCUGUUUCAAAUCUAUUAAAAUCGGAAUCUUUCGAACUAGUUCGUAGCGGUACGUUGGAAGACGAGGGCUCGCUGCAGCCUGUGAGAAAGCAUCCCGAACCACCAGCAAACGAAUCGUCUCCGGAGCAUUACCGACAGGGGAGAGAAAUGGUAUCGAUCGUUGGCGCUUAUCAACAUGAAAGCAAUGAAAACCUCGACGAGUAUUUCAAAGCUGUGGGUGUACCAUAUAUUCCACGGAAAAUGAUGUGCAUGUCCAGUCCGCGACUAGAAAUAUCGAACAACUGCGAUAAAUGGACUAUUCGCACCAUUACGAUGAUUCGCACGGCAGAAGUGACCUUUACUCUUGGCGAAGAGUACGAAGAACAUAUGCCGGCAGGAGUUAUACUGAAAAAUGUAACUACAAUGGAAGGAGAUAAUUUAGUGACAGUUUCAGUCGGUCCAGAUAACAACAAAGUAGUGCGGAAGUACGAAAUUACAAAGGAUGGUGUAGUGUUGAUAAUGACCCAUGAAAAGAGUGGCCAAGUAGGAAAGCGCUAUUUUAAGCGCCUUUCGUAAAGCUUAGUUACUGUUUGAACUACAAAAUAUUUGUAUACUUGGAUUCCAUAUAAAUUCCAUUAGCUAUUAACAAUUAAGUUUUCAAUCGCUUUAUGCGCUUUAUACGCAUAUUGCACCUAACAGUAACUUGUUGAUAACACAAUCUGAAAGCAAGCACACUUCAGAUGGUAAAAAACCUAUCAUACAAAAACGGAAGCCGCACGGAAAAUGCGUACAGUUACGAGAAAGCAAAAUUCGUCGGAUCAAUCGUAUAUGUUCCGUCAUUUCAGCAUGCGCCCUGCCUACCUUUAUUGCGUGUCACGUGCUACACAAUAUAUAAAAACACGGAUAAAUAAAAAUUAUCUUAUAAUAAAUAAUUAAAAUGUGACGCGUAAAGGAAUUUUAUUUGUAGUAUAUGUAUUUAAAGGAUUAAACAUAUUAUAUGAAUGACAUGAAAAUGUGACGCGUAAUUUUUUUUAUAUAAAUCUUUUCUUAUAAAAAUCUUUUGUUUAAUAUACUAUAUGCGUUUCGUGUAAUAUCAGUAACUUACAAAUGUAUUUUUCCGGUAAAUGCUUUGUAUAAUUUCGAUGUAUCUAUAUUUUCGAAUUUGUUUCAAAGUUUAGUAAUAUACAUAAUUAUGAUAGUCGUGCCUCAUUACGAUGCUAAUGAA